AUCUUCAAACACGAAGGAGACAUGGUGUUUCAUGUCACUCCUUUUGGUCCUAACUGUUGUGAGAUUCAGUAUACACAUCCUCACAUCAUCAAGGAAGAAGCCGACGCGGAUGAUGUUGCGGAUGAUGGUGCGAUUGAUGCUGAUGACAAUGAGAAUCACCACAAGAUUAGCGGAUCAGGGGGAAUGUCUUCUUCCUCAUUCGACUAUUGUUUUAUGGCUGAGGUCACUGCUUCAAACCUAAAAGCCGACAAACUUUCUCUUCCUGUGGCAGCUACGACUUGUACUGCUUUGAACAAACAAUGCCAAGAGACGAUACUAGUAAACAAAGAGGGAAAUCCAUGGACUGUGAGUUUGCGAUUUAGCGAAUCAGGCGGCAUGUAUUACAUCACAAGAGGAUGGAGAAAGUUCUGUCUUGAUAACAAAUGCGAGGUAGGAGACAUAUUUGUGUUCAAUGUGGUUGGAGAUGGAAAAACUACUCCAUUGAUGUGUGUAUGUCCGGAAAGAAAAGAGUGUUCUGAACUACUCAGCAAACACUUGAGCAGAAAGAGUGGGAGACGCCUUUAACUUUCUUGUUCUUUCUUCUGCUUUAGCUAUGUAUAUCGGAAAGGUUGUUUCUUUUUGCCUCAAAACUUGUUUCCUCUUUUUCAAAACUUGUUAUCUUUUGCAAACUCUGACACGGUUAUGUAAUAUUUUGUUAAACUCCAACAAGCUCUUUUUUAGUU